GACAUUGCACUCGAGUAUAAUUAUCAAUCUGGUAAUGCGUCAAAUUAUGAUGCCGGUAAUGAGGAAAACGAAAGCGGUAAUUCUAUGGUAGCUAAUGUAGAAUUCAGUCAAGAGGAAAAUGCAAAUUUAAACGCCUCAAUGCAGUCGAAUAAAAGUUCUGAGAGAGAAAUUUCUAUAGUUUUGAGUAAUGAUGGUCAUAAUCCCGGCCUUGAUGCUCCUACUCAGCUUGUAAAGCCAAAUGAGAUCACAUCGCAAAUUGCAACCCAAGAGCAAUGUUUAAAUGAUGCGAAAUUGAACACUAUUAGUGUGGGCGAGAAUAAUUCCGUUUCUGAGAGCCCAGCACAAAUCCAAUUACAUAUUUCAAAUAUCUCGAGUAAAGCUCGUUACGCAAAUAAGAGAAAGGAUUGUAAUGGCAACACACUAUAUUCAUUAACCCAGACAAAGUCCUCCAAUAGCACACAUAGCCAAUUAAAUGAUAAGCAAGAUGGAUAUAUACGACAACGCUUUUAUCAGAAUAAUAACGCAAACCAGUCCAAUUAUAAUAAUAAUCAGCAACAACCCAUUCCCACCCGUAUUACUACAAGGAAACGAGUAAAAAAUUAA